UUCAGCCCCCAGAACUGACCAGCUCACAGGUCAUAGCGAUAGAGAGCCAACCCAAGAAUUCCGUUGUCCCUAUUUUCUUGUUUGGGUUCCGAGAAACCGUCAGAGAAAAUCAACCUUCUUUGUCUUCUCGAUUAAUUCAGCGGUUUGGCGCGAUUGCAAAGUUUGUUUAAGACUUGACAUUCUUGGGCAUGGCUACAAGGCGCAAUGUUCAAUACAGCCGUCUUCGAAAUGAUGAGGAUUAUGAUGGUAAUGCGACGCAAUACGACCCUCGGUUUGACUACACGCCGAAAUCCUUCGAUAGAAUCCCCUGGAAAUCCCUCGUCCUUGCUCUUUUCCUCCUGUUUCUUGGAUUAACCCUUCUCUUCCUUGCGUAUUUCAUUCUUACUGGUCACAUGGGAGGAGAGCGGUCCCAAGGUUAUGGCCUCUUAGCUUUGGGGAUUCUCACCUUUCUUCCAGGCUUUUAUGAGACACGGAUUGCGUAUUAUGCCUGGAGAGGUGCCCAAGGAUAUCGCUUUGCUUCCAUUCCUGAUUAUUAGGAAUGUGUUUCUAUUGUAAACUCCCUCGUCGUUGUAACUUGUACGUUUGCUUGUUCUCCUGUCCCGUAUAUACCCAUUGUUUUGCUGCUGCUUCUUUCUUUCUUUUUUUGUUUUGGCUCCAAAUAAUACACAAUGUUUUGCUUAGCUUUGCAUCAAGAUCUUUAUGUAGAAACACGUGACAUAUUUGUAAUCCGUUUGCUUAGCUUUAGCCCUCUAUACAGGCUCUGAAGUGGGAAAUUAUGUGGGAGUUUUUACUGAACAGAUCACUGAUAUUGCAAUUUGAGAAUCUGUGACAUGUGAUGUUGUUGGUUUAUGCAAAGAAACUAUUUGUUGAUUUGGAAGAAA